GCCGCCUGGAGCUGGAAGCCUUGUAAGUGGAACAGAGACAGUCAGCUCCAGCCACUGCUCCCAUGGCGACCGUUCCUACGCCGAGCGAGGCCCACGGCGGCGCGACGCCGACGGCCGCCGACGUGGAGAUGGUGGAGGCGAGCGAGCUCCGUCGGCGGGGCAAGCCCAGCGGCGACCGUGCGACGGGGCCGUCCCGAGACGGGGCCGCCGCGGCGGCGGAGGAGGCGGCGGCGCCGUCGGUGGAGCGCGUGUUCGCGGACAGGCCCGUGCCGUCGUGGCGGGAGCAGCUGACGGUGCGCGCGUUCGUGGUGAGCUUCUUCCUGGUCAUCAUGUUCAGCGUCAUCGUGAUGAAGCUGAACCUCACCACCGGCAUCAUCCCGUCGCUCAACGUCUCCGCCGGCCUCCUCGGCUUCUUCUUCGUCCGCCUCUGGACGGCGGCCAUCGAGAGGGUGGGGCUCCUCCGGCAGCCGUUCACGCGCCAGGAGAACACCGUCAUCCAGACCUGCGUCGUCGCCGGCUACGACAUCGCCUUCAGCGGCGGCUUUGGUAACUACAUAUUGUCCAUGAGUGAAAGAAUCGCUGGGCUGGGAACCGAGGCAAAUAAUGCUCAAAACAUAAAAAAUCCCCAUCUAGGAUGGAUAAUUGGUUUUCUGUUCUUGGUCAGCUUCAUUGGGCUCUUUGGUCUUGUGCCCUUGAGAAAGGUUAUGAUCAUUGACUACAAGCUAACUUAUCCAAGCGGCACUGCAACUGCCUUCCUCAUAAACGGCUUUCACACGCCCCAUGGAGCCAAGAUUGCAGCGAAGCAAGUAAAGAAACUCGGUAUAUUCUUCAUCCUCAGCUUCUUCUGGGGUUUCUUUCAGUGGUUCUACACAGCUACCGAUGAUUGCGGAUUCCAUAAAUUCCCAUCACUAGGCCUUCAAGCUUUCCAACACAAGUUCUUCUUUGACUUCUCACCUACUUAUGUCGGAGUGGGAAUGAUUUGCCCACACAUUGUUAACGUAUCUGUUCUCCUUGGAGGGAUCCUCUCAUGGGGCAUCAUGUGGCCUCUCAUAGCCAAGAAAAGGGGAGAUUGGUUUUCUGCUGAUCUCCCUGACGGUAGUCUUCAUGGAAUGCAAGGGUACCGGGUCUUCAUAGCCAUUGCCUUGAUUCUUGGGGAUGGCCUCUACAACUUUCUCAAGAUGAUUAUUCUCACAGCCUUCUCGCUAAGAUCUCAAAUCAAGAAGAAAAAUGCUAGUACACUUCCAGUCUCUGAUGAUGGCAUGGUUACCACUACUGCAGCUGUCUCAUACGACGAGGAGCGGCGCAACGAACUCUUUGUCAAAGAUCAAAUUCCAUGGUACGUUGCAUAUGGAGGCUAUGCUGUUGUUGCUGCCAUUUCUAUCGGUACUGUCCCGCAGAUAAUCCCACAGCUGAAGUGGUACCAAAUCUUGGUAGCCUAUAUCGUCGCGCCAAUUCUUGCCUUCUGCAAUGCCUACGGAACUGGCCUCACUGACUGGUCUCUUGUUACAACCUAUGGAAAGCUUGCAAUCUUUGCAUUUGGUGCAUGGACCGGUGCUUCACAUGGUGGUGUUCUUGCUGGCCUGGCUGCCUGUGGUGUGAUGAUGAACAUUGUGUCUACUGCUGCUGACCUGAUGCAGGACUUCAAAACAGGGUACCUCACACUGGCCUCACCCAGGUCAAUGUUCGUCAGCCAAGUCAUUGGCACUGCAAUGGGCUGUGUCAUUGCUCCCUGUGUGUUCUGGCUUUUCUACAAGGCCUUUGAUAAUAUUGGCAUCAGUGGCAGCGAUUACCCAGCGCCAAAUGCUGCCGUCUUCCGGAGCAUAGCGAUACUAGGUGUUGAUGGCUUCUCCUCGCUUCCAAAGAACUGCCUCAAUCUCUGUUACGCGUUCUUUGCUGCUGCAAUUGUCGUCAACCUGAUAAGAGAUCUUGUGCCAAAGGUGUCAAGGUUUAUACCGAUCCCGAUGGCUAUGGCGAUACCUUUCUACAUAGGAUCAUAUUUCGCGAUUGAUAUGUUCAUCGGGACAGUCAUAUUGUUUGUCUGGCAACGAGUGGACAGGGCGAAAGCAGACACGUAUGGACCUGCAGUCGCUUCAGGCAUGAUAUGUGGUGAUGGAAUUUGGGUUUUGCCUCAGUCGGUGCUUGCUCUUGCCAAGGUGAAGCCUCCAAUCUGCAUGAAGUUUCUGUCGAGAAGGACGAAUGACAAAGUGGAUGCUUUUCUUACAACAUUGGGAAAAUAAGUUGCAACAACGAUUCUGAUGAAGAAAAGAUUCAGUUGAACAUUAUUACAUUAGCCCGUGUAUAUAUUGGAUAAUUUUCUUUUUUUUUCCAGCAGAUCCAUGUCAGUAAGAAUCCAAUGAAGUGUGGCAUACUAUACGAUAGUAGAUAAAUAAGUGUGUACAGAGACAAGAAUGGGAAUAAAUUAUCUUGUUUACGUUA